GACACCGCAGCUCUGAGGACUGUCCCCGGAUGAUUAUUCCUCCACCACUGCAGGAUUAUUUUCAUCAUCAUCACUAACUGAAGAAGAAGAUGGAUACUUACGUUUUGAUUUCCGUGUUAUCAGUGAUGUGCUCGUGGAGUCUGUGCACAGUUCUCUCGUCUCCAGUCGCAGAGAAACCCGCAGACUCCCGCAGCGUCUCCCGGGGGAGACAUGUGCGCACGAAGCGCUGCUCCUGCGACACGUUCCUGGACAAGGAGUGCGUGUACUUCUGCCACCUGGACAUCAUCUGGGUCAACACACCUGAGCGCGUGGUCUCUUACGGACUGGGCAACGCUCCGAGGACGAGGCGCGCGCUGCAGGACUCCAAGGCGGCCGGGAGCGCGCCUCGCUGCCGGUGCGUGCGUGAGAACGACAGCACGUGCAGCAGCUUCUGUCACCAGGACAACCAGCAUCUCAGGUCUCAGACGUCGCAGGAAACCUCGAUCCCCACGGAACACAAGCCGGCAGCUGACAGGAGCAGGAUUAAGAGGUGGAACAAGAGCCACGAGAAACAGGUGUCGGCCGCCGCGCUCAGGGUCGCCUUGAGAACCCGCCUGCUGCUGGAGGACUGGAGGGUGAGGCGGCGCCACAGGGCGAGGGCGAGGGAGGGCGAGAGCACGGCCCCCUAA